GUACCCAGAUGAUUCUCGUAGAAAAAUGCCUUCAGUAGGAACUUUGAAGAACCAACUAUAAAAGCAAAAAAGCAAAAGAAGAAAAGCUCUAAAAGCGAAAGAAAGAUAGCUUUUAUAUAUUUUAGAUCUGGCUUUCCUGCCAGGCUUCCGUGAUUCUUCCCUCCAGUUGGAAGAAUCAACUACCCUUAAAAACCGAUUUCGUUGGUCGGUAGAUCCAAAUAUUUAUUCUCUAUUACCUCUCAGUCCUCGGCCUCCACUUCUUACGGUCUUACCCAAGCUAUUGGGGCAAAAUAACUACGUUAGAUUCUCUCACUUUCUAUCUCCACUAGUGUUUGUUCGUGGAUGUCGUCGUCGUCUAAAAUGGCGAGUAGAGAAGGAUCGGAGAUAGAAGGAUCAGAGAGCGGUUCGGAAGAGAGAGGGAUGUUUGAGUACUUUGGUUGGGUUUAUCACCUGGGAGUUAACUCCAUCGGUCACGAGUAUUGCCAUCUCCGCUUUCUGUUUUUAAGAGGCAGAUACGUUGAGAUGUACAAGCGUGAUCCUCACGAGAAUCCUGGCAUUAAGCCUAUCAGGAAGGGUGUGGUUGGGCACACUCUUAUGGUAGAGGAGCUAGGGCGUAAGAAGGUCAAUCAUGGGGAUGUAUAUGUGCUACGAUUUUACAAUCGGCUGGACGAGACAAAAAAAGGAGAAAUUGCUUGUGCUACAGCUGGAGAAGCUCGGAAGUGGAUAGAAGCAUUUGAUCAGGCCAAGCAGAAAGCUGAGUAUGGGCUAGUGAGUGGAAGUGACACCAGAAGUAAACUAAACAUGGAAAACGAGCUCAACCUUGAAGGACAUCGGCCUCGAAUUAGGCGGUAUGCACAUGGAUUGAAAAAACUUAUAAGAAUUGGAAAAGGCCCAGAAAUACUUCUCCGCCGGUCAUCAGGUUUGGGGGACAGUUUCAGGUCAGACAGAUAUUUUGGAGGGAAUGUGGAUGAUGCAAUUGAACCACAUGAAUGGAAAUGUGUUCGCACAAUUAAUGGUAUAAGAAUAUUUGAGGAUGUGACCAACUUUAAGAGUGGUAAAGAUGUCCUCUUAAAGUCUGUUGGUGUUGUUGAUGCGGAUGCGGAUACAGUCUUUGAAGUGGUUUUGAGCCUUGACCGACAUAAGAGAUAUGAGUGGGAUAUUUUGACAGGUGACUUAGAGCUUGUAGAUUCUGUAAAUGGGCACUAUGAUGUUGUGUAUGGGAUAUAUGACCCAAAUUACCUAAAUCAGUGGAAAUCCAAAAAGGAUUUUGUUUUCAGCAGGCAAUGGUUUCGUGGACAGGAUGGGGCAUAUACUAUCUUACAAUCUCCAGCCAUUCAUAAGAAGAGGCCUCCAAGACCUGGUUAUCAACGGAUCAAAAUUAUCCCUUCAACUUGGGAGAUUAGAAGUCUAAAUCCAACCCCAGCUUCAAAUACCACAAGAUGUCUUGUAACACAAAUGUUGGAGAUACACUCACAUGGAUGGUUUAGGUGGAAGAAAAAUCACAACUCAAAUUUUGAAAAGACUGUUCCUUAUGCAUUAUUAUGCCAAGUAGCAGGUUUACGGGAAUUCUUCGGAGCAAAUCCUGCACUGACAUUUGAUUCUCCAACCACUGUUGUCCAUUCAAAAUUAUCGAAUUCCUCUGGUGUCAGUAGUGAAUUUGAGGAAGGAGAAGUAAAUGAUGAAUUCUAUGAUGCAAUUGCGGCUGAUUCUUCAUCUUCUGAAGAUGAAGAUAGUGACAACGAGCUAGAUCUUAUCAAGAUGGAUGGAAAAGUGAAGCUUAAGAAUGUUUCAUGGGCCAUUGCAAGUCUGGCUUUGAGGCAUAAUUCAGUUUCAGUUGGGUCCAGUGUAUUAGAUGAUCACACCUCUCCUAUCAAUAUUGAUGCAAGUCAGUUUCAUGGUUCCAUGUGCCAAGGAAAAGAUGAAACUGAUACAAACUGCUGGACUUCCCCUGGGGGACAAGGAUUUAUGAUAAGAGGAAAGAUGUACUUACAGGAUAACUCUAAGGUAAUGGGAGGAGAUCCCCUUUUGAAGCUCUUAGCAGUUGAUUGGUUGAAGGCUGAUAGUAACAUUGAUAGGGUCGCUCUGUAUCCUAAAUGUCUUGUUCAGUCAGAAGCUGGAAAGAAACUUCCAUUCAUUCUGGUCAUUAAUUUACAGAUCCCAGCAAAACCAAACUACAGCAUGGUUCUCUAUUAUGCUGCUGACAGGUCAGUAAAGAAAGAUUCUUUACUGGGUAGAUUUAUAGAUGGAUCUGACAUGUUCCGGAAUGCAAGAUUCAAACUAAUUCCAAGUAUUGUAGAGGGAUAUUGGAUGGUGAAGCGUGCAGUUGGGACAAAAGCCUGCCUUUUGGGAAAAGCAGUGACAUGUAGAUACCUUAGACAAGAUAAUUUUUUGGAGAUUGAUGUGGAUGUUGGUUCAUCAUCUGUUGCAAGAAGUAUCAUUGGUCUGGUGCUUGGAUAUGUCACAAGCAUAGUUGUUGAUCUUGCAAUUUUGGUUGAGGCCAAAGAAGAGUCAGAACUUCCUGAAUUCAUCCUUGGAACAGUUCGCUUAAACCGAGUGAGGCUUGACUCUGCAGUACCUUUUGAGGCUUGAGAUUCUCCUGGCUGAUAUUCACCUUUUAUGGUUUUAGGUUCUCAGUGCUUCCAGCAAUUUUUGCCAAAUGUCUCAUAUGAUCACUUCAUUUGCUCAAUGAAAAUUAACAAAUAUUUGAUAAUUAGCAUCCUGUCCUUUCAUCUCAAUUCUAAUCAAGCAGUUUCUUUA